CCCGAUGCGACCAGGGACGCGCUUCGCCAGCAGCUGCGGCAGGUGCUCAGUCUUCACCGACGAGGCAGCCUGAAGCUGGUUGUGGACGACGUGUCGACCGUCACUACCAAGGUCACCGAGCUGGAGACGCUACUUGCGACUCUACCCUCAUCACAAAGAAACCACUCAUUAAAGCUAGACUCGUCACUGUGCCAAUAGAGGCGUUGCCGGCAGGUCGAGCGAUGGAGACGCCGAUGCACCCGAAGAGGGUAAGGGUGCUCGCGCCGAUAGUGGAAAUCCCAAGAUCAGAAAUGUGGGGAUCCGCUUCGUCCCCGGCCAGGAGGGACCAGGAGACGCCUCCGGUGCCAUCACGUGCCCUAAUCCCUUCGUCCUCUUUGUCCUCUAGACCUCUUCGCGACGAAGAGAUUUUGGCAUUGCUCAAUUACGGCAGCGAAGAAGAGUCGGAGGAAGAGAAGGUCGAGGAGACUAUGCAGCGGCCGCCGGUGCCGCACUCGACCAGGAUGUGGUUAGACGAAGAGGAUGAGGAAGUUGAAAGAGGUGAAGAGAGGAUCCCUUCUCUCCCGAGCGAUGACAUUAUAGAGCAACCUCUUCGUCUAUCCACAUCCACCUCACCGACGGCUCUUUCGCCCUCUGUGGCGCUAGGGCCAACUAAUAAAUUUAUUUUUGAAUGGAGAACGGCGCCAACGCCUCCAAUCGAACCUGACUUAAGGCGAGAACCGUUCUCCCAAAUUAGUGGUCCAAAGGUUUCUUUUGCGACUCCGUAUGAUGCAUUCAUUGCCAUAUGGGAUCGUAUAUAUAAGUCAAUAAAUUCGAAAAAAAGAACGAACUUACUUAUACUUAAUUAGCACCCGUGAGCGCACUUGUUAUUUUUUCACUAUUUUUAAGAUUUUUUUUUUGUUUUUUCUUCCAUACAUGUGGCUUUUUUCCUUGGAAUGAAUGCCCGGUUUCAUGUAAAUCUUGAAUAAUUAAUUAUUAUACUACUUGCAAACAUAUAUUUUGCAAAAUCUUAGUUUUUACGAGACACUGUUUUUUGCACUAAUUUUGAGUGUCAUAUUUGAGACGUUCAUACUCAAGAUCUGUAAAAUAAAACAAAGUGUCGUUGCUUAAACUAGCUUGGCGAUACGCUUAAGUUAUUGUAAACAAAAAAUUAUUUGUCCCUGACGCCAAGAAUGUAAUAAAAACAAAUGAGUUAAGAGAGCCACUCGAGUGACAUUUGACGAGGGUCGUUUUUGUAUAAACACGUGUAGUUUAAAAAAAAAGUACUGAACAUGUGUCCAUUUGCCUUUUAUUGUAUCAUAUACAUUAGUUGCUUUAAUAAAUAUAGAAUAUUACAUCCA